CGGAAGUACAAUUCGACCCUCGUAGCUUCCUGUAGAACAACAUGUCGGCCACCUUGGUGUCUCUACUCAGGUGCUGUCAGCGACCAUCUUGGCUCCUUGUUGCCAAGCGACCAUGGAGCUCCAGCCCCGCGAGCCCGCCUUCCCUGUACACAAAGAUGAUUCUCUUCCUCACCCAGCGCUUCUAUGACGUUGAGAUGUUCUUCAAUUGGAAGUUUCAGCUGAAAAGGAGACAACAAAAGAGGAAGAACGCUUACUUCAGUUACACUGAGAGCCUUUACGGGGCUGACAUUGCUUCCGCCUACUUUGUCUUGAAACUAAAGGGAGGAUUUCGCUUUGUUGGCCAGUCAGAAUGGUUCCGUGCAGACCGCAGGGGCAAGUUCAACUCGGACUUCUUGAAUUACAAAGACACACCUCUUGAGGAAGUCGACAUGAGCUAUACAAUCAUGAAUUGGAUUGGAUUGUCCAAUCUGGAGAGGCAGCAACUUUUGCAGACUCUGUCCUUAAGAGGGUGUCCUGAAGUGGACGACUGGUUCCUGGCCAGGCUCCAUGUGUUCCAAGACUGCCUAAAGGAGCUGGACAUCUCUCAUUGUCCACGCAUCACCAUCGGCGGGCUGGCUGCCCUGAGGAAUCUCAAGGGCCUGCGCCGUUUGGAUGUGUCAUCCCUCCCAGGGAUUAUAAAUCCAGGUUUGGUGGUCAUACUGUUAGAAGAAAUGCUUCCACAAUGCGAGGUCAUCGCUAACGGCUAUGAGUACAGUUUAGAGUCGGUGAGUUGAGGUACAAGACAAGUUGGGAAUAGAGUUUACACAAGGACAAUAAACGAUGUACUGCAUCGCACACAUGGUAUGUCUAAUGAGGACUUUAUUGGAGAUAAGACAUUUGGUUAUUUUGCCAUCCAUGUUAUAUCACAAUAUGAAGGUAGAAAAGCGCUAUACAUGUAUGACCCAUAGUUAUUUUUAUCAUUAUCUUGCAUUCUUUCCUGUCUACUGAAAGUCCAAUCAUGUCCCUGUCUAGACAAUGCUGAUUUUGCUUGUUUACAUGGCAAUAAUUGUAUGUGUUAAAUAAAUAAUAAAGGCUGAUAUGAUAUUGAA